AUGGAACCAACGUUAAUAGAUAGUGAGAGGAGUUGCCAAUGGUUCGAUGACCACAAAAUUCCGUACAGUGAGAGUCGAGAAGUUUGUAGCCAGAGUUUUUCGAAUUUUGGGCAAGUUGAGGGGGAGAAGAUCGACAAUGAGGUGUCAUCAGAGAAUGCUGUGGACGAGCCAUAUUCCUUUUCAGAAAGUUUCAAAGAUGUUGAUAAUUUUGAAUUCAGUUCGAAGCCAAGAAAAGAAAGGACAGCUUUCACCAAAACUCAAAUAAGGGAAUUGGAGAAAGAGUUCAAUCAUUCCAAUUAUCUGACAAGAUUGAGACGUUACGAAAUAGCUGUAGCUCUAGAUCUAACGGAAAGACAAGUGAAAGUCUGGUUUCAAAAUAGAAGAAUGAAAUGGAAGAGAACCAAAACAGGUUGUAGAACGCCAAGAACAAGAUCAAUCAAAAUGACAGUUUGA